AAUGAUUUUAAAAUUUUUGUAGAACUUGUUUAUGAACUUGCAACUUGUGUAUGUCUUGAAAAUAUGCAAUUUAUGACGAAAAAAAAGUAGAAUUCUAACUUUUUGGAAAAUGUUUCCUUUUUAGCUAGUAUUUAGUGAAUUUUCAUUUGUUUUCAACAGCCAUUAUGAUGGAUGAACAUAGCGUAGAAAGUUUAGCUGAAGUGUUUAGGUGCUUUAUCUGCAUGGAAAAAUUAAAAGAUGCACAUUUAUGCCCUCAUUGCUCAAAACUUUGCUGUUAUACUUGUAUUAGACGAUGGUUAACGGAGCAACGCUCACAAUGUCCUCAUUGUCGAGCGUCCUUACAUAUGCAUGAAUUAGUCAAUUGUCGCUGGGUAGAAGAAGUAACUCAACAAUUAGACACGUUGCAGUUAGUUGGAGCUGUAAAAGGAGACAAUACAGAAAAAGAGCUGUGCAAGGCUCACAAAGAGAAGCUGACAGUUUUCUGUUGGAACUGUAAACAAUGCAUUUGUCAUCAGUGUGCAUUGUGGGGUGGGACCCAUUCUGAUCAUGUUUUCAAACCACUGGAUGAAAUAUACGAGCAACAUGUUUCACAAAUCAAAGAUGAAUUUAUUCGCUUGAGAAGAAGGCUUUCUGAACUCAUCAGUCUUGUGCAAGAAGUAGAAAAAAGCGUUGAAAGUGUAAGAGUUGCGAAGGAUGAACGUGUCCACGAAAUAAGGCAUGCUGUCGAACAUAUGAUAUCACGUCUCGAUGCUCAGCUGAAGAGUAAAUUAUUAACGCUUAUGGCACAAAAGAAUUCCCUCUCUCAAGAAACAGAACAAUUAGAAUCAGUAUUAAAAUCUGUAGAACAACAAUUGAAUACAUGUUGCAAAAGUGAGUUAAUACUUUUGAGUAAUGAACUUCUUCAGAAUAUGACUGAAAUUCAGUGCAAACCUAUGGCAAGUUUUGUGACUGCCGCCGUACCUGCCGAUUUUCCUAGCGAAAUCGUUCCUCCGUACGACGGCAGCACCUUCGUCAUGCACAAUUUCAGCAUCCUUCAGCAAAGAGCAGAUCCAGUCUACAGUCCACCUUUGCAUGUUUGUGGUUUGACAUGGAGACUCAAAGUGUAUCCCGACGGAAAUGGGGUCGUCCGCGGCAACUAUCUCUCGGUGUUCUUGGAAUUAUCUGCUGGAUUGCCAGAAACUUCUAAAUACGAAUAUAGAGUGGAAAUGAUUCAUCAAGGAUCAAGAGAUCCUUCUAAGACUAUUGUAAGAGAAUUCGCUUCUGAUUUUGAUGUAGGGGAGUGUUGGGGAUACAAUCGUUUUUUCCGUUUGGAUCUUCUAGCGAGCGAAGGGUAUUUAAAUGCCGAAAGGGACACUCUCAUACUCGGCUUUCAAGUUCGAUCUCCCACCUUUUUUCAAAAAUGCAGAGAUCAGAUGUGGUGUAUUAAUCAGUUGCAGACUGCACAAGCUCAAUAUAUCACACAGAUAAAUGAUUUAAAAGAACGAUUAGCAAUUGAACUCUCUAGAAAUCAAGCUGCACUUAAUAAUACUAGAACAGAAACAGAUGCCCAAAUCGUCCUACCCGACCAUGUGCCAACGAGUGUGGGAGCUAGUAUUUGUUCCUUAAUGUCUACUGCGACUGUAACGUCACCUUUGUCUCCCACAUUUAGUGUCACUUCUCCUCUACAGCCACCUUUAUCAACAGUAUCAUCUCUCAGCAACAAUGAGUAUUUAAUUACUUCCUUAAACAGUACUUUUGAAGCUUGUAAGUGUGAGAACAGUAUUGACAGUGAAGUUGCUGAACCUAAAAGUCUCGAGAAAAGCAUCGACAGCGAAGUCGCUUACGGUGAACCUCGAGCAUUGGGCACUAGAAUGAAAGUGAAGGGCAAUGCGUGCCACGAUUGCUCGUAUGAACAAAACAGAGGUAGUGCAUGCUCUCACAAAUGUAAUCUCAAAGACGUCGUCCUAUUAGACUCUUACGAUGCAUCUUGCGAAGCAGAUUCGUCUAGUUCCGAUAAUGAAGCCGUUAGUGACGUGAAUAAUGGAGAAGGUAGAACUAGACAUUGUGCUCAUUUGGAAGAAAAUAGCAACGAUGAAAAUGACGUCGACGAAGAAACGAUCGGUGAGGAUUUGGAUUUUUCCUUCAUUUCUAUGUCGAGGCCACGGCGUCAACGUCUUCAUUCUUGGAACUCUUUAACGACUCCUCCUUUGUCGCAAAAGAAUUUCGGUUCUUCAUUCGAGAGAAACCUACUUGAAAUGCCAUCUGAUGAUGAUGAAAUUGCACUGUUACGCCUAUUGGAACUGCAGCAUCAAAAGCCUUUGCGGCACUGUGUUGCAAAUCCUGUUGCAGAUCUGCAGAAACAAGGUGAAAAACAGAAGAACGGGCACAGCUGUCGUCAUUCGUUGCUCCUCUCUUCGUUACUCGCAAAUCAGUGUUCGAGCAAUGCUCACAAUGAUCAACAGUCUUCUAUUUUCCCACCUGCUGAUUUGCCAGCACUCUCUAAAAUUAUGUCGUCUCGUAAAAAAUGGGAAAGUGGUGCAAAUAGCUGUUUUAAACUAAAUGAAAUUGAGACUUCUGAACAGGCGUGCCAGGCGGCAUGUCUGGACUCUCCUUCUACUACCAGUUUAUUGGACCAAUUUCCACAGCCUUGUUCAUCCAAAAGUGCAUUUCCUUCCACUUCAGCAACCGUUGCUGAAACUGACAUUCAUGGUAAACAUCAAAGACUGAGAAAAAGUGAAGAAAAACCUUUACAGGGUGCUUCAACCAAUGAAGAUCCCCGAAAGAAUUGCAGUCUUUGGAUGGCUUCUCAUAAGCCACUUCCUGGACCAAAACCAAACUGGACACUUCUUCAAGGAACAGCUAAAAGAGAACAACCUAUCACCUCUGCCAGUUCUGAAAAUAAAGCUUUUCAUUCCAAAGCUAACACUCACAAUUCAGCUUGUGAUGUUAACAGUGAAUUGAAUAUUACAUCUAGUAAUAGCUCUUCAUCGAGUGAAAGUUCGAGUGCAUCCUCCAAAAAAUCUCAAGAAUAGCUUUCUUUCUCUAAAUUUUCAUAGGCUUCGAGUUAUUUAGAUAAUGUAGGCAUUUUUCUUCCUUUCUGCUAGUUUGUUGUUUUAUGUUAUUUAUGUAAACUGUGUUUUGUCAAAACAAUUUUAUAUAUAUAUAUAUAUUUGAAAAUUAAUGUAUAGUAAAUAUUGGUAUAUUUUGUUUAAGCGUAGCUUGUUGUCUAUACGAUAAAAAAGUAGUUUUAGAAUUAUUUUUUUUUUAAGAUUAUUUAUCUGCUUAGUGGUUUUUACUUAAUAUUCUUGCAUUAUGUUUACUAUUAAAAAAUAUAUAAAUAUUUAUGUAGAAAAUUACUUAUAAAUUAAAAUAUCAUUAAUGAAUUUAGUAUUCUGAAAAUUGUUUUUUUGACUAACUAUUACCAACAUUGCACAAUAAAAAUACACCCUGAAUAAUUUUUGACUUAACAGGUUGUAUAGAAAAGAUAUCAGUUAAGAUCCUGAACAUAAAUGAUCGUCUAGUUCAAGGGACGAUUGUACAGCAACUCGGUCAUAUUCUCUUGGUAAUUUUUUUAUUAGAAAAUAAUUUCCUUAUAUACUUAUUGCAAAGUAAUUUUUAUUUGUUUUUCAACAUUUUAAUAUAAUUUUUACAUGAAAUUUUUUCUGAGUAUAUUUUGUCAAAAAUUAUGAAUCAUUAAUUUUUUAUGUUUUUAAAAUAUUAAAUAUUUUUUUUAAAAAAAAUUUAUUAAAUUAUUUUUAAAGAUAACUGAAAGCUAUAAUUUUUGACAUCCAAAAUAGAUUCUUAUAAACUAAAACAUUUUUAUUCUUUUGGCAGUUGCUUAUAAAUACAUUUAAAACAGGGUGCUUAGCAAUUUUAAAAGUCCUGUAAAACCUAAAAAGUAAGGAAUUUUUUUAAUUUCUGAAAAAGAUUAGGUGCAUUUUAUAAGAGAUUUUUCAAUUCCUGUUUAAUUUUAACCCAAUUUUAAAUCGUAAAUUUUUUGUUCUCAAGAAAAUGUAUUUCCUCUUCACAUUCUUGCAAACAAAUAAUUUCUCCCAAUUUAAUUAAUUUUGCAUCUAAAAAAAGAAAGUCCCUUGAAUUUAUUGUAUUAUUUAGUAAAAAGAGAGGAUUUAUGUAUUACUGAAUGCACAUAAAUAAAAUAUUAAUCCUUUAAAAAUACAUAAAAUAUAACAAAACAAAAAAAUAAAUGCAAAGUAGCAUAGAAAUGAAAAUUCUAUGUGUUAAUUAGUUUUACAAAUCUAGUCUUUUUAAUUCUGUUUUCCUUUUAAUAGUCUUUUUUUAUGAAUUGUUUAGUUUUAGUCUAAAAUAAAAUUGAUGUCUGAUUUAGAGAAAAAAAUUUAACUUUGUAGAAUGAUUUUUAAUAAGUACAAAAAAAGUUAUACAAUAUACUUUUUAUAAUUUAUGACAUUGCAAAUUAGUAAAAUAUUUAUACCCGUUUUAAAUUUUUAUUGGACAGAUUAACUUUUUAGAAUUAAAGAUUUUUGCAACUCAAUUUUUUAAAAGUUGUAGUUUAUUUUAUUAAAGGUGAGUUUCUUACUUAAAUAGUUUAAAUGUUAAUAGUUAUAGUGAUGCAAUUCACCCUAUAUACUUAAAAAUCACUCGAAACAUUAUAAUCCCAUUCAAAACAUCCCAUCUAUGAUUUGAAAUACUCAUUACAGAAUAAACAUUUUCUAAAACUUGUCUUCUUCUUAAGAAUUUUUUCUAAAACUGGAAGAUUUACUGUCAAUGAUAAUAAUUAAUUGGUUUAAAAAGUUGGAAAACUAACUAUUGUAAUUCAUAUUAGUAAUUUAAAAUAGUUGUACUUAACACUUCUAAAAUGUAAAGCUGGUUCUUCAAACAAACAAGUUUUGAAAUUGCAUAAGUGCCGUUCUUAACUUUAUUGUAAUUAAUUGACAACCUCUUGCUUCUCUCAGAUUUCAGUUUUUGAAAAAUAUUUUGUUUAAUAAAAAGCUUUUUUUUUUUUCGUA